GCUUCACCCAAAUUUUGUUGCUGUCUAUUAUGGUCGCUGUGUGGUGGCUGGAGCAUGGGACCGGUACAGUACCUGGUACGGAAUACCCCUAACCCUCGAAGCAAUUGCCCGCUGAAUCAAAUCAGAUCUUUCUUGGCCACCUUGUCGCUCCUUCGUCCCUGAACUGCUGCGAAGUCCUCACUGUCCUCACUCAAUCCUAUCUUCAUUGCCACCGUCAAUCGUCCAUCCAUAACUUACUUCUUUUGACCAUGAGCGAACGCCGCCGCAUCUUUUUCGUCACGGGCGCCAAUGGUGGUGUUGGUUUGGAAGCGACACGCCAAUUGCUGCAAGAUGAUUCCAAUUGUCACGUCUACAUGCUGUGUCGUUCGAAAGAACGCGCCGAAAAGGCCCUGGAAACCUUGGACCACCAGGGCCGUGCCUUUUUUCUCGCCUUUGAUGCCACGCAGGACUUUUGUCAGGAUAUUCCGGAUACGAUCGAUUCGAUUGAUGGUCUCUUGUUGAAUGCGGGGGGCUUUGGAGAUGAUCCCAAACUAACACCAACCACUCGUCAAGAUGGAAACACCGUUUGUCCCGUGGCGCAAUUGAAUUUACUGGGGCAUGCGGCGUUGGUGAAAAAGUUGUUGGCGCUGGGAAAACUGACAUCGACCAGUCGCAUUGUGGCGUCUGGGACGGAAGGUUGCUUUGCACCGCCUUCACCCAAUUUUCAAUGGGAGACCUGCGACUUUUCCAAGCACUUGGCGGGUGAAAUUGCGGUGCAAGGAAGUCCCUAUGGUUGGGUCAAGGGAAUUCUGGCAUUCUACUGGGCCGCAUUUGCCAGGCAUCACCCGGACAUUUUUGUCCUGACAGUCUCUCCAGGAGCCGUCAAGGGAACGGGCCUUUUGAACCAUGGUGGUGUCACUUCCGUGCUGCGAAUGUUUGCACAUGCACUCAUUUUUUUCAAGGGAAGCAACACCAUCCAAGUGGGAGCCAAACACUAUGUAGAUGCCUUGUUGGCCAGAGGCGACUUUAGUGCGGAUAAAGGAGUAGCCAGUGGUAGCUUUUUUGCUCACCGCAAAGGCUACAACCAAGAUUUUGGAGAUGUCACACAGCACAAGGCAGGCAAAGCCUUUGCCGAUCAAGCCAUUCAAGAUCGGGCGUGGGAAGCAGUGGAAGCCAUGCUGUAGGUUGCUAUUUACGCUAGGACGAGCUUGCCUGAGAAAGAAGCAUUCCCUCUUCGGCAGACGUCACAGCAGCUCUCCGCCCUCACCCAGUGGAUGAUGAAUCGGAGUUCUGUAUGAACCCAAGCACAAAGAAGAUUCUCUUGUGCAGUACCUUGCCAAUCAGUGUUUAUCACUCUUUCACAAGAAACUUCGCGACAACCCACAGCCUGUGCUGACAAGUACACCCAACACACUCUUUCUUUGACCACAGUCGAGCUUUGGUAUCUAAAAGGCAGAAUCGAAUGGAAUCUGAAACGGUACGUGUAGUUUUGCUUAAUUCAAUUCUGUAAGUAUAGAUUAUGUCGUAUCAGUUGAAUGCUCGCAUCGGACUCUUCAGCCAACGAGUUGUGUGCUUCGAGCUGAGUCGAGCCCAGCCCCAGCCGUGCUCCCCCCCCCACACACACAUAGCAAUCGACGCAACCAACGCCCAGGCUCUUCUUUUCUUGGCUGCUUCAAUUGAACUUCACACUCCUUUAUGCAGCAAGCUAGACGUUACAUAGGGUAUCGAUACACUAAGUACUUCUUCUAUGC